CACAACAAUAGAUUACAGGCGCAAGCAGCGGAAAGCUUAAAGCUUCCAUGGGCAAGAUGCAGCUCUUUCUUUUUCGCUUCCCGGAAAUAGUAGCACUAAUAACGCUCUUCUUUCUUGCCCAGCCCUCAUCUUCUGGAGAUACAAUGAUCCAGAACACCUCACUUAUAAAUGGCCAGACCUUGACAUCGACAGGAGAUUUGUUCCAACUGGGCUUCUUCAGUCUGGAUAAUAGUAGUUCAGCGAAGGGAUACUUAGGAAUCUGGUACUGCAAUUUCACACUACAAGAAGGCAUUGUAGUAUGGAUUGCCAAUAGAAACAAGUCUGUCAACACAUCCAUGGCAUCCUUCAACCUCACUUCCGAUGGAAAUCUAAUAUUAUUUGAGGAUGACCAAACUGUUUGGUCGACGGGAACGAGAUCCACAGGACUCAAUUCUGCACAAUUGCAGCUUUUAGAAUCUGGAAACCUCGUGCUGAAGGACAGCAACUCGAUUCUAUGGGAGACCUUCGACCACCCAAGCGACAGCGACACGUAUCUCCCUGGCAUGAAGCUCGGAUUUGACUUCCAGACCAACACUUCAUGGCGGCGAGUUUCAUGGAAAAACUCCACGGAUCCUUCUCCGGGAGACUACAUCCAGAUGAUUCGUGCUCUACCAAUACCGGACUUGGUCACGUUGAAGGGAUCCGCCAAAUACUAUCGCAGCGGCCCAAGGAACGGAUAUGAUGGGUUCGUCGGCCAUCCAUUUAUGACGAGCAGCCAGGGGGCCAACUAUUUUGUCGUCACGUUUGUUUCCAAUGAGAAUGAGACCUAUUUUAUGGCUAAUUACACAGCAUCGCCGACGCCGGUGCUGAUACGGACAAUGUUGAGGGCCAAUGGAACCUUGCAGCGUUGGUUUCUUGACAGGAGUGGCAAGAGAGAGUGGCAACUUCUGUUGUCGACUCCGGCAGACGAGUGCGAUGAGUACAAUCGCUGCGGCCGCAACAGAGUGUGCACCAAGAAAUACGUUGCUGUUGAGUGCCAGUGCUUGGACGGGUUCAUAAAUAUUACGGAGAACGGAAGCGAGGUUGGAUGCGAGAGGAAUAAGCCUUUGAAUUGCUCGUCGAACGAGUUUUCCAAGGUGCAGAACGUGAAGGUGCCAGACACUGAGAAUGCUACACCACGAGGAAACAUGAGUCUCGAUGACUGCAAGAAUUUGUGCUUGAAUGAUUGCUCCUGCAUGGCGUAUGCGGUAAUCAGUGGAUCUUAUGGAUGCAUAACUUGGCCUGGUGAUCUGUUGGAUCUCAGAACUUUGGUCGAUGAAGGAGAUGAUUUAUACGUUCGGAUCGCAGGAGAAUUGGAUCACCCAAGAAAAAACAGCACUGGGAGAAGAAUUCUAUUUAUUGUCAUCUCUAUUGCUGCAGCACUAUUAUUUCUUUGUGCCAUUUUUAUUUACCGUCGAAGAACAAAAGCAACAAGACCAAGACGGAAACGACUUGCAAAAACAUUCGAUCAUACAGAUCAACAUGAAAUAAGAGGUACAGAAUCACUAUUGUUUGAUUUGGAGGCUAUUAGGAUAGCUACAGACAACUUCUCUGAUAGAAAUAAGUUGGGAGAAGGAGGAUUUGGGCCUGUUUAUAAGGGAACACUGGAGAACGGAGAGCAUGUAGCAGUAAAAAGACUUUCAAGAAGCUCAGGACAAGGACUAGAUGAGUUGAAAAAUGAAGUGUUCCUGGUAGCCAAACUUCGGCACAGAAACCUAGUGAGGUUGUUGGGCUGUUGCUUGGAAUCAGAGGAGAAACUACUUGUUUACAAUUAUCUUGCUAAUACAAGCCUUGACAAGUUUUUGUUUGAUAAUUCAAAGAGAAAGCACUUGGAUUGGGCAAGAAGGUUUAAGAUUAUUGAGGGCAUAAGUCGAGGACUUCUUUAUCUUCAUGAAGAUUCGCCAUUGAAGAUCAUUCAUCGGGACUUAAAAGCCAGUAACAUCUUAUUAGAUGCAAACAUGGAUCCCAAGAUUUCAGAUUUUGGUCUUGCGAAACUUUUUGAUGCAGAUCAAACACAAGGAAACACUAAAAGAAUUGCCGGAACAUUUGGAUAUAUGGCACCAGAAUAUGGCAUUCAUGGGCUCUUCUCAGUUAAAUCAGAUGUGUAUAGCUAUGGUGUGUUAGUUUUGGAGAUCUUAAUUGGUCGGAAGAAUAGUGGUUACCAAGGAUCCGAAUAUCCAAUUGAACUUGUUACUCAUGUAGUCUGGCGCCAUUGGACUCAAGGAAGUGUCUUUCAAGUGAUUGAUCAAGAUCUAAUUGAACAAUGUCAAACUCAACAAAUAUUAAGGUGCAUACAUAUAGGGUUACUAUGUGUGCAAGAUGAUCCAAUUCAAAGACCCACCAUGGCCAAUGUUGUGCUUAUGCUCAACAAUCACUUUGUCGGCCUUCCCACACCUUUAGCACCAGCAUUUCUCAGUAAUUGUAAUACCACCAUUGAAUCAAAUGGCGUUCCAAGGAGAGAGAAUUCCAGUAGAAGAAAGGGAAUUCUAAUGAAAAUUUCUGAAAAUAAUGUCUCAAUCUCUACGUUGGAGCCUAGAUAGUAGGAAAGUUCACUUCAUGUUUAUAUAUAUAUAUAUAUAACUGAAUCUGGAUUGAAUUGCCAAUAUUAUGUUUCAAGUUUAUGCUUAUUUAUGUAAAGUUUAACUGAAUGUUCAGCUUCAGGUUUAUUCUAAAAUGUAUUCUAUCUAGUUUAUGUAGUGAUUCGCAGUUAAAAGGCCAAAAGAAAC